UCGGCUUUUCUCACAAAAAGAAUCUUCUUCACUUUGCAACACAAACAAAUAGAAAUCUAAAUAGUUUACCAUGUCGCUCUUCAAGGUAUGCGGUUGAAUAAUCACUGAGGGACUCUAGAUGUGUUUAAAAGUCGUGGGCUCUAACCUCAGUCUGUAACCAUGUUUCUUCCCUUCCGUUCGGACAAUGUACAGAAACUUAAAAAUGAUAGUAAAACGCAAGCCAUGGAGCUUCUAGACUCCGGUAUGGCAAGUGUCGAAGAAAUGCAAAAUCUCUAUUCUCAACUUUUUCCUCUCGACAAGCUGUCGGAAGCAUCUAAUGCUUUCGUUGGAUCCGCAACCACUGCAUCAAAUGAAGUGGUUGCUCGAGCGGUCGCAACCACGCUUGACCAAAUCUCAGCACAAAACACCUUGCUCGCAAAGCUCGAUCUCUUCAUCACUUUGCACAUUCCGAAGAUUGAGGAUGGCGGUAACUUUGGCGUAGGGUAAGUGUUGUCCAAAAUAUUCGUUGCAUAGUAAUUCGAUCAACUCAGUUGCUAACUCUUUUCUCUUCGCCUUUUUCCUGAAUUUGUUGCGAUUAUGAAUAAUGAAACACAAUUCAAACAUCAAAACAUCAGAGUGCAGCUCGAUCUUGUGAAGAAGUUGUCCGAGAUGAAAGAAGCAGCAAACAAAUCAAUUGAAACGUUGUUGGCAUACGAUAACGCACGUGCGGACGCUCUUGGUAAGCUUAAUCUACCGUCCUCAACAACUAGUUCCACGAAAUCAAGCAGCGCCACGACAACUGAUGGGAAAAAGGAAGAAAAAUCGAGCGAGUCAACGGAAGAAAAACAAACCAGUUCUGCCAGUUCCGGUCCUGUUUAUGAAUCUAGGGUUGCCUCCGUUGUUGCCGUCGACACGCUUUAUUACUCGAAGGCACGCGUGAUUUUUAGUCAAACUAUCAUCACUUUCGUCGCCGUAAUGGAUUUCAUUGAAAAGAACAAGGACAAAUUGGUUGAACCCAAGGGGAAAAGUGGAGGCUCAAACUUCUCGAUGUAUUAGGUCCAGUGCUUGCGCGAAACGAUGUGUAGAGAGUUUUUUUAUUGUUUGAUUUCUGUUGACAAUAGAGUCAUGAAAAAACGACCAACCGCAACUCUUCAUAUACUACGGUAAAAUGAUCGCAGACAAAUUUUCCAGCCCACGAUCCAACUACUCUAGAGUAAUGUACAUAUGCACAUCUAGUAUUUUAGAACUGGAGAGGAAGCAAUGCUAUGUCGUUGCCCAGAAAUAAAUGUCGCAUUUGGGAUACAUCUUUAGGUUAGUCGGGAAGGAUUUCCGACGCAAGAUGAAUGAUAUUUGUAGAGAAUAUGGUGUUAACGAUGGAACUCUUCGUGAAGCGACAAACUUAGGAC